AUGCAUUUUGGAAAUUUAUUGUUGCCCUUUCUGGCCCUGUUUCUACCCUUGGCCGAAAGCCUUCAUGUGACCCCAGACAUUGCAGAUGAACAGCUGCGUAACGUCUACGACUACAUCAUCGUUGGAGGUGGUACUGCAGGUCUAACCAUAGCCAAUCGCCUCUCCGAAAACCCAGCAGUUUCGGUCCUGGUUCUCGAAGCUGGUCCUUUGGAUGACGCGAGGGAUCUUUCGAUUCCUGGAGGCCUUCUUCCUGUCCCGGGCACAAUCGGGUCAGGUGGAUGGCAAAAAUACCAAUGGGGGUUGACCACCGAGCCCCAGACCUAUCUCAACAACCAGAAUGUUGGAAUUCCUCAAGGAAAGGCUGUUGGUGGCAGUUCCAUCCUCAAUGGUCUCUGUUGGUCCAGAGGCUCAGUGUCUGAUUAUGAUGGUUGGGAAAAGUUGGGUAACAAGGGUUGGUCUUGGAAUGACCUACUUCCUUACUUCAAAAAGUCUGAGAAAUUCACCUUUAAUGUUGAGCCUCAUGAUGCCCAGGAACUUCACAUACGUCCUCAAUCAGCUGCGCAUGGAUACAAUGGCUCAGUGCACGUCUCCUACCCUCAGUACUUCUAUGACCAAUCCUCCAACGUUCUGGACGGCUUUGCAGAGCUUGGUCUGCCCAUCAUUGGUGAUGUGAACAAUGGGACAGCCGCAGGGGCCAUGAUCCUCCCCUCAAGCAUGCAUCCUGAUAAUCAGACGAGGUUCGAUGCCAGGGAAGCUCACUUUAACUUGGCAUCUUCGAGUAAUAGCCCACACAACUCCAGUCAGAGAGUUAUGGGAGUCGAGUUUGCUCCAAUCAAAAAGUCCAAGGCGAGGUCAAUUUCUUUAUCGGGGAUUGGGCCUUCAGAUGGUCUCAAGUCGCUCAACAUUUCGGUCAAGAUUGACCUUCCUGGCGUUGGAUAUAAUCUUCAGGAUCAUCCCAUGGUCUAUGCUAACUACUACUAUCGCAAUGAAUCAUACUUCAGGAGUGAUGAGAUAACCGAUGAUGUAUACGACCAAGUUGCCAAGGAGUACAUACGGAACAGAACAGGCCCCUGGACAGCACCUCUCAUAAACACGGUUGCAUUCCCGAGUCUUCGAUCUGCAACAGAUGACUGGAAACAGUUCAUGAACAAGAGUUCAGGGGAUGGCAUUCCUUCAAAUAUCCCCAACUCUGUGAAGAAGGGCUACGAAGUCCAGAAAAAGAUUCUACUAGACCAAAUUCUCAGCAAUGAUACAGGAAUCUUUGAGACCAUGGCCAACUCAUAG